AUGGCUCGAUCAGUACACAACGACGUGCACGCUGCACCCGAAAUCAAGAAUGAUAGCGCCAAUGUCGAGCGUGUGCUUUCCACCGAUGAAAAGGUGGACCACAUCAACUACGACCGUAUCGACGACGAACUGGCGAAAUAUGCCAACGCUGAAGCUAUUGAGAUCUCGCCAGAAGAGAACAAGAGACUGAAGCGAAUGAUUGACAGGCGUGUGCUUCCAAUCAUGGUCUUUACAUACUUCUUGCAGGCACUGGACAAAGGAACGAUGUCUUUUGCCAGUAUCAUGGGAAUUCGAACCGAUAUUCCAGUCUUGCAGGACAACAGCAAGUUUGGUUGGCUUACUACCUGUAUCUACAUUGCUGUUUUGAUCGUUGAGUUCCCGACCAAUUGGAUGAUUCAGAGGGUGCCCAUUGCCAAGUACCUGGGUUUCAACAUCAUGGCAUGGUCCGUUGUCCUCGCAUGUCACGCCGCUUGCAAGAGCUUCCCUGCCUUGAUUGCCGUCAGGACAAUGCUCGGUAUUUUCGAGGCCGUUUGCCAGCCGACUUUCUUGAUUCUCAGUUCGAUGUGGUACAAGCGUGAGGAGCAGACAACGAUCGUUACUUACUGGUACAUGAUGAACGGAAUGCAGCAAAUCGUUGGCGGUCUCCUAGCCUACUGCUUCAGUCUCAUCAAGUCUCCGCCCUCACCUUUGAAGUCAUGGCAAGCUAUAUUCAUGACCUAUGGUAUGGCUUCGUUCUUUUGGGGAGUAUUCGUUAUUUGGUGGCUUCCUGACAGUCCCAUGCGUGCAAAGUGUUUCUCCGAGGAAGACAAGAAACUUAUGAUCGAGAGAGUUCGCUCCAACCAGACCGGUCUCCAGAACAGGAAGUUUCGUGCAUACCAAGUCAAGGAGGCGCUCCUUGACCCUCAGUCUUGGUGCUACUGCCUCAUUGCCAUCUGCACCACUCUUCCGACAUCUGGUCUCGGCGGCUUCGCCAACAUCAUCAUCAAGGGCUUCAAUUUCUCCGUCUUGGAGACACAACUUCUCGCCAUGGUACUUGGCGUUGUCAUCAUCCUGACGCUCAUCUCUGCCACCUGGUUGGCAAACAAGACGCAACAGAAUCUGCUGGUUAUGGGCAUCUAUGUCAUACCAUCCUUCAUCGGUACCAUCGUUUUGAUGACAGUAAGACUCCACAACCAGGCCACUCAAGUUGGACUCCUCAUCAGCUACUACAUCGUGCUCUCUUUCUGGGCUGCACAGACACUGUCCAUGUCGCUUCUAUCUCGCAACAUCGCUGGCCAGACCAAGAAGACAACUGUGGUCGCAAUGAACUUCAUUGCGUGGUGUGUCGGAAAUUCUAUUGGACCCCAGGUUUUCUUGACCCGAGACAAGCCCCGCUACUUCAUCGCUUUCGCGACCCACAUGGGGUGCUACGUUUUGCUCGUAAUUGUCAUCGCGUUCCUGCGAUUCAACUUUAUGCUUCGCAACAAGAAGAAGGACACCUUGGCUGCGCAGGUGGCGGAGGCGAACGAUGACCACCUUGUCCACGCGUUCGAUGAUUUGACCGACAAGGAGAACCCGAACUUCAGGUACAUGUACUAG